AUGGCAGACGCCGAGGCCGACACCGCGCCAGUCGCCCUCUUCAAGAAGCGAGGCGCAAAGGGCAAAGCGAACCUGCGCAAGCGACCAGCAACUCCUCCUCCAGCUGCCAGCGACAGCGACAGCGACUAUUCAUCCUCAGAAGACGAGGCCGGCCAGAGAGUCAAGCGGCGCAGGAAGACGGCCGUCGUCACCGCCGCGGCAAGGGGAGCUGCCCCCAGCAACCAGGACGGCGGCUCCGCGGUCUUUACGGCAGACAGAAGCGUGCCCAUUGCAGACAGCAACGACGCGACGAAGCAGAGCAAUUGGUACGACGAAAACGCAAGGGACGCGCUGUCGGCGAAGAACCUCCUCGGCUCGGCUCGAGCUUCAAAAGACGACCAGCCUGAUUGCACAUACAAGGGAUUGGCGAACCAGACUUCGUUUAUACAAAAGAAUCCAGACGCUCCUCGAAAGACUGUUGGCCCUGUCAAGGCGCCUACAAAUAUCAGAACUGUCACGAUAACGGACUAUGCCCCUGAUACGUGUAAAGAUUAUCGCAUCACCGGUUUCUGCGGCUUCGGCGAUAAUUGUAAGUACUUGCACGAUCGCGCUGAUCUCAAGGCAGGAUGGCAAUUGGAUCAGGACGCCAACCGAACCAAGUCAAAAGGAGAAGACGAGGACGAGGAUGACGAUGCGAUUCUGGAGAGCAUUCCGUUUGCCUGCAUCAUCUGCCAGGAAUCCUACAAGGAGCCGAUUAUCACCAGGUGCGGGCACUACUUUUGCUUGCCAUGCGCUCUCCAGAGAUAUAGGAAAGAUCCAACAUGUGCGGCAUGCGGAUCAGGGACGAAUGGCGUGUUUAACUCGGCGACGAGACUGAAGAAACUGCUGGAAAAGAAGCGAGAGAGGGCUGCAAAGAGGAGACAGGAAGCCAUUGAGAGAGGAGAAGAAGUCAGUGAUGAAGAGGAAGAAGAAGAAGAGGAUGAUUGA